GCAAUAACCAAGAUGGACCCUCCUCUCCAUCACAAUUAAAAGACUGCACAACCCACCAUUUUGUUAUAGUUUCUUUUCCUUUAAUUCACCUUCACACUCCCCUCUUUCUUUCCUGCACAAUCACAGAAACAAAAUAAUGGCAGGCACAAUAGGAAGAAACCUCAAUCUAUGCUUCACUAAGAUCAGACGUCCACUACCACCCCAUGAUCAAUCCCCCACUACCCUACUAACCCCAGAUGAUCACAGCGAUGCAUUCCUCAUAAAAAACUAUAAUUCCCUCUAUGACCCCACCAUUGAUUCCGCCUCCACCACCACUUCUUCCAGCUCCUCCUCCUCCUCUGAACCUGACUUAGCCACCGUCUACGCCUCUCAGCGCUUCUUCUUCUCCUCCCCUGGCCGCUCCAACUCCAUUAUUGAAUCCACACCAUCCAUUGUCACUUCAUCAGACUUAUCAGACAAUGUAGUAGCCCCGCAAUCUGACAGCAAUGGUCUGACAACGAAUCCCUCCAAUGACAAGUCUUUGUUGGUUGAUAGUUGUAAUAACAGUACUCAUCCCCAGUUAUUAAAAUCCCCAACCGUUAAAGACAGUGUUGCUGUCCCCACCUACUCACCGGACCCGUACAUGGACUUCCGGCGAUCCAUGCAAGAGAUGGUGGAGGCACGUGACUUGGUGGACGUCAACGCUAAUUGGGAGUAUUUGCACGAGCUACUAUCGUGUUAUCUUGAUCUUAAUCCUAAGAGUAGCCACAAGUUCAUUGUUGGAGCUUUUGCUGAUCUUCUUGUUAGUCUUUUGUCAUCGCAAAUGCCAGAAGAUGCUGGCCGCCGGGGAGAGGAUUUUUCCUCCGGUAGUUGUGGGAUUUCGCGGCAGUGCAUGUAAUGUAGUAUGUGUGUGUCGGAAAAUGAUUGUCUAAUCUUGUUACCUUUAAUUUAGCAAUAUAUAUGUGUGGGGGGGACAAAAUUGAGCCUCCUUUUGUCUUCUAUUAUAACACCUUAUCCCCUCACCACCAUCUUGCUUUUGGUUCUUGUAUUUAUUAAGCUGGAAACUUUUUUUUUCUCGAUUUGUUAGUAUUGUUUUCGGGUUCUAGAUUAGAAAUUUUGUUUUUUUCCCCGGAAAUCGGGUUUUUUUGGAAUGCAGGCAGUGCAUGGUUACAAGAAAAGCCGAGGUACUUGUCCUACCUUUUCUUUUUUACUCCAUCUCUCUCUCUCUUUCAUCUUUUUUUUAAAUAGUAAUUACAAGUGCUCGUGAACGAGAUGUCUAUAAUUCACUCUUUGAUAGCUGGUUGGGGAUAGAAGCUUUCAAUUAAGCCAAGGGACUUGGAGGGCUUGUUCUAUCAAAUGUAAAUUUGAUGAGAUUACGUUUUUCACUCUAUAGUGAAGCUUUGUUUUUGCUGGAUGACGAAUUGAUAUCCAUCACCUGUUACAUAAAUUCUAAAAAUUUCAUUAGACCCUUUUUCUUCAUUUCCUUUUCCGUACUUUCCUCUCUACUGAAACAAAAAAGUUAGCUGCAAUGUAGAAGAAAAGCUGUAACAUUUGGAUUAAUUUUGAAGACUUCAUGUGUAAGAUUGAAAUUAGUUUUGUUAAACCUUUCGUGCAUGCUUAUCCCACUUUCUUUUUCAGCUAGAACUUGCUUUAAUCUUCCAAGUUAACUCUAAUAAACCACGUUCUUGCACAGACAAUAAAUAUUAUGUCCACUCAUUGUUUUGCAGAGGUAAUGAAUCAAGACAAGAGGACUAUUAGGAGGAGUAAGACGAAGGUAGAUCCGUCUUGCAAGCAAGCACAGGACUCCUGUUUCUCAUAUUUCUUUAAUCUGGAAGAAUCUUCGCAUCAAGACAACUAGUGGAUUAACAAGUGGCCAAACUUGUGUCGAUUAAAAAUGUGAAAACUGUUUUACACGGACUGCACAAGGGAAUCUUGAUUUUCGUCCUCCGUUUCCCUCGCAAUUAAUAUGAUGUUUUCAAGGACGAGGAUGGCCACAGAAGAUUCAGUGAAAGUUACAGAUGUCACUGAUGAUGACUUGUUUCUCCAUAAAUAUGAUUAUAUUAUGGUUCAACUUGUAAUUCCUGGGAAUAUAGGGAUGGCAAACAGGUAUCUACAUACUGUACAUGUGGUUUUGUCCCUCACGAGGUCUCUUACCUAGCACCGGCUCAUCAAUGAAACCAGAUCUCGAGCCUAA